AUGAGAGCCCUGGUGAGUAAGAGGCCUGGCGUGGGCCUGGUACAGGACUUUGCGCAGAGUGGGCCCCAGUACCUGGCAGCUUAUCACAUUCUCACUGGCACUUGGAUGGGCUCCCGUCCCUGUCCCCUUCCAGCCUCGAAGCGGAGGAUCCCCGCGUCCCAGCCGGGCAUGGCCGACCCCCACCAGCUUUUCGACGACACGAGUUCAGCCCAGGGUCCUGCUUACCCCUGGACCCCGCAGGACUGGGAGGUGCGAUACCAGCAGGACACACCGGUGGCUCCCCGCUUUGACGUCAACGCUCCGGACCUCUACAUUCCAGCAAUGGCUUUCAUCACCUACGUCUUGGUGGCUGGCCUGGCGCUGGGGACCCAGGACAGGUUUUCCCCGGACCUCCUGGGGCUGCAGGCCAGCUCGGCCUUGGCCUGGCUGACAGUGGAGGUGCUGGCCAUCCUGCUCAGCCUCUACCUGGUCACUGUCAACACCGACCUCACCACCAUCGACCUGGUGGCCUUCCUGGGCUACAAAUAUGUUGGGAUGAUUGGCGGGGUCCUCAUGGGCCUGCUCUUUGGGAAGAUUGGCUACUACCUGGUGCUAGGCUGGUGCUGUGUCUCCAUCUUUGUGUUCAUGGUGAGCUGGGCUCCGGGGGGUGAGGCUGAGGGCAGGACUGGGAUCCCUGAAUGGAGGGAGCUCUCAGCAGAUGGGACUGUGGCCAAGUCGAGCCUUCUCUCUUCUGGGUUGGGCCCAGAUCAGGCCAGGGGAGGAACUGGGGUCUGA